GGAGGCCGAGGCGCGCGCUUGGCGAACCAGCCGGGUCCGCGCGGCUCUGCUGCGCCGGUCCCUGCGGCUGCCUGGGCGUCUCGGCUGAUCUGUGCACUGCCCCGGCGAGGAUGCGGCUGUUCAGGCGGCUGCUGAAGCAGCCGGUGCCCAAGCAGAUCGAGCGCUACUCGCGUUUCUCGCCAUCGCCGCUCUCCAUCAAGCAGUUCCUGGACUUCGGGAGAGAUAAUGCGUGUGAGAAAACUUCAUAUAUGUUUCUACGAAAGGAGCUUCCUGUGCGACUGGCUAACACAAUGCGAGAAGUUAAUCUUCUGCCUGAUAAUUUGCUUAACCGCCCUUCAGUAGGAUUGGUUCAGAGUUGGUACAUGCAGAGCUUUCUUGAGCUUUUAGAAUAUGAAAAUAAGAGCCCUGAGGAUCCACAGGUCUUGGAUAACUUUCUACAAGUUCUGAUUAAAGUCAGAAAUAGACACAAUGAUGUGGUUCCUACAAUGGCACAAGGAGUGAUUGAAUACAAGGAGAAGUUUGGGUUUGAUCCAUUCAUUAGCAGUAACAUCCAGUAUUUUCUGGAUCGAUUUUAUACCAACCGCAUCUCUUUCCGCAUGCUUAUUAACCAGCACACACUUCUGUUUGGUGGUGACACUAACCCUGCUCAUCCUAAACACAUAGGAAGUAUUGAUCCCACCUGCAACGUGGCUGACGUAGUGAAAGAUGCGUAUGAGACUGCCAAGAUGCUGUGUGAACAGUAUUACCUGGUAGCUCCAGAGCUGGAAGUUGAAGAAUUCAAUGCCAAAGCUCCAGACAAACCUAUUCAGGUAGUUUAUGUGCCCUCCCAUCUGUUUCACAUGCUAUUUGAGUUGUUCAAGAAUUCGAUGAGAGCAACAGUCGAACUAUAUGAAGAUAGAAAAGAGGGCUACCCAUCUGUUAAAACCCUUGUUACUCUGGGUAAAGAAGACUUGUCCAUUAAGAUAAGUGACCUAGGUGGUGGGGUCCCACUUCGAAAAAUAGAUCGUCUUUUUAACUACAUGUAUUCAACUGCUCCUAGACCCAGCCUGGAGCCUACAAGAGCUGCCCCUCUGGCUGGAUUUGGUUAUGGUUUGCCAAUUUCUCGUCUGUAUGCUAGAUAUUUUCAAGGAGAUCUAAAACUCUAUUCCAUGGAAGGAGUGGGCACUGAUGCUGUUAUUUAUUUGAAGGCUCUUUCAAGUGAAUCAUUUGAGAGACUUCCGGUUUUUAAUAAGUCUGCAUGGCGCCAUUACAAGACCACACCUGAAGCCGACGAUUGGAGCAAUCCCAGCAGUGAACCCCGAGAUGCUUCAAAAUAUAAGGCGAAACAGCUAUUUAGGUACCUUUCGAAGUACAGUUCCUCCUGGCAAGGCAGGAUAAGCAUUUGAAUCUUUCCCUUUAAUUACCAAUUUUCAAGGGACAAGAUCAAGACUAAUAGAACUUUCUAGAGAACUGAAUGCUUCCGUCCUCUGAAGAAAGAUUGUCUUCCACAAGUCAACCAGAGAGAACUCUUUUCCUCCACCAGCUCUGAGCGUGGCACCAUAGUCAUUCCAGUGCUUGAAUGUGCAUUUUCUCCACACGAGCUGGACCUUUUCCACAGAAACCUUCCUGUAACUACUCCAGAUCUUCCACUGAAGUAGUGACUUGAGUCAUUUUUCAUAGAACGUUGCUGUGAUUUGGUUGGCACCCGUCAGAGAGCACAGAGCCUCGUUAGCGCUCUUGUGUCCUCAUCCCUCUCUCCUCAUCAUCAUGGAGUUGAGUGUCUACAACCUCCCCAGGAUUCUAAGCUUCCUCCUCAUUCCAGAUACAGCAGAUCUCUACUGUUGCUCUUUGUGACCAAAUACCAUGAUUGUCCUAAACCACCGAGGCCUGGGGAAUCUGGAAGUUGAAGACAUCAGCUCAGCGUAUCUUGAUAAUUCAGUCCCAGGGCCCAUCUUGUCUCAUAUGCAUCCCUCCUCACUCUCUGAUUUCUUCCAUCUUCCAUCCGAUCAUAUUCUCAUUGUGAGGUUUGGGUGCUUUCGCGUUAGAUCUUACUCUUUGAUGCAUUGAUUUUAUUUUAAAAUUCAUUUGUAUACUUUCAUUCUGUCGAUUAAAGCGUUCCAAAAGUU